GUCCAGGGGUUUAGGCGUUAGAAUUCUGCAAUUGUUGGAGUUUUAUGCAAUUUUUAUGAAGUAUAUAAUAGUAGAAUACGCGUGCUGUGCUCAACUUCAAAAUGUUGAUUCCCAUCAGCAGAGAACUCGUCUGUAUCAUGAGCAUGAGCUUGUCUUUUAUGCUCUUGUUUACUUCUGACAUGACCCUGGCAAAUAUGCAGAAAACUAUCGUGUCCAGCAUCCCUGAUGACAAUCCAGACUUCGAAGUAGAGGGCUAUACCGUCACAGGAGUUAUAUACUCAACAUUUGCAGUCACUCUGUUGUUUGGUCCAUACCUCAACCUCGCAAUAGGACCUAAGUUAACAAUGAUCGUCGCUGCUGUUGGGUACAUGCUUGGGAUGAUUCCAUAUAUUGUGGAGAAUGAGUGGAUGAUAUACGGGGGAGCCGUUAUAAGCGGGGUAUCUGGUGGGUGUCUGUGGCCAGCCCAGGGACAGUACAUGAUAGAAAACUCCUCACCUCAAACUACGGCCAGAAAUGUGGGCAUUUUCUGGACAAUAUUUAGGACUUCGAGUCUGUACGGUAACCUGUUUGUCUAUUAUAAGUUCAACGGAAAGCAGCAUAUUGACCAGUCUACAAGACGGACAGUGCUGUCCUUCUUGGUGGGAAUAAACAUAAUGUCAGUAGCAUCACUCAUGGCUCUUCCUAAAUCUUCCAGUGACUGUAAAACAGAGGGCUACAGUCCUACAAAAACAGUGAAGAAGUUUUGGGCUAUCCUUAACUCACGCAAGAUGCUUUGGCUUAUAUUCACAUUCAUCUAUACAGGUUUGCAACAAGCAUUUGGAGAAGGAAUAUAUAGUCCGAGUAUUGGAUUCACUUUGGCAUUUGGGAAUUACGGCAAGGAGUUGGUGGCACUUAGUGGCAUCGUAAUGAGUAUCGGCAGUCUAAUUGGUGGAUUGUGCCCCAUUGUGUUCUCCAAAUGCAUCAGAAGACACAGAUAUGCUCGGAGAUCAAUAGUCCUGAUCGGCUGCUCGGGCCAGCUGUUGGCUUAUCUUAUCACAUUCAUCAACCUACCAGACACUGCGGUGUUUGGCGACACUGAUCAACUGAGUCUCAUAACUCCGAGUGUAACGCUGGCCAUGAUAGGAAGUCUACUUCUGACCUUUGGUGAUUCUUGUUUAAACACUCAAAUCUUCUCCAUCAUUGCCGAACUAUUUCGAGAGAGUAGCGCCGAGGCAUGUGCCUUUUACAAGGUCAUCAAGGCUUCCGCCAUUGCUACCAGUUUCUACGGAUGUAGCCACAUCGGACUGCACGUUCAAGCAGCGAUCCUGUCAACGAUGGCUCUCGUUGGCGUUUUCUUUUUCUUCGUUGCCGACAGCGACAUCGCUGCAGCUACUAACGAAAUCAAGACAGUUCCUCAAGACAUAGAAACAAGUCAAAACAAGAAAAUAUGAAUGUUUUCUUCCAACAUGGUUCAUAAUUGUCCAAUUUUAUGGUUUCAAGUCUGUUUGUAUUUCCAGCUUCACGGACGUUUUAUACUUAUUUCGUAAUAAAAUGACAUCAAAAACAA